AUGACCGAGCCAAACGACCUUCAACAAGUAUGUUAUAGUUGGUAUUGCUUUGCUUUUUGUAGUAGAUAUAGCUUUGCUUGUUAUAGUAGAUAUUGUUUUGCUUGUUACAGUGGAUCGUGCUUUGUUACUUUCAACUUCUAUAUUAUUUUUAUUUAAAACUAUUUUUAAAUAUAAACAUUUUAUAAACACUUGACUAGCUUUUUAUAACAUUUUUUGUUCAUUUAAAUGGUUGAUAACAGCUUUUACGUUUUGCUUUCGUGUAUUUUGUCCAAUCCUACUAAUCGGUUUACUAAUAUUGAUACUUGUGUUAGCCAGCGAUGGGCGAUUCUAUGCCAACGGAACUCAAGGAAAUAAAGCCCAACGAAGGUGAGCAACCAGUAAAGCAAGCUGAAGUUGAGAAGGAGCAAUUGUUGGACAAAAGCAAUGGAAAUGGAGUUGUAAGCAUAUUUAUGUCAUUGUGAUGAGUUUUUGUCAAAGUUCUAUUUUGGUUUAUGUGGAGAGAUAAACGUACUGUUCUCUGUCUAUAAUCAACUUACGCAGCUUGUAUUUCAAUUUCAAUAUUUUUCGAAACAUUUUGUAACUUUACAAUACUAAUGCACCUUUCUUCAUACUUCAUGAAUAGUAAUUGAAAUGGUGAUGGUUUUCUAAAUACGUAUACUGAAAUAACACGUGUGUGUAUAGGUCCUGUAUAUAGGUAAUGAAUGUUGGUAGAAACAAUUAUGUUCUGAAUACAGUGUUGUUUGUAUAAUUAAUGCAUAAUUUAAUGGUUAUUGUAUUAAUAAAGACCCAUGUUUCUUGCAGAACGAUGAGACGGAAAGAAUGGUUCCGGAAUCCGCGACGGCUGCCGAGCCAGAAAUGGCCAGAACUUCAUUGAGGUAACAAUUAAAGACUUAUUUUAUAUUUUAAAGAAGUUAAAAGGGCUUUGUGGCUGUUAUUUUACACUUGAGUAUGUUAAUAAGAUUGGCUUUGAGUAUGUUUAAUAGGGUUUUGGCAAAUGGGGCAAUCUGUUCUGAGUUUUGGCACGCUAUAUUAUUAAAUUUAGCUUGUGGACCGGGUUGAGACCUAAUUUGAGCAUUUCUAGAAAUUUUAUCAAAACUUUCUGAUAUUAAGCUAUCAAAAACAUAUACUAUAACUUGUCAAUCAAUAGCGAUUGAUCGAAUUUUAAAAAACGUUUAUCUAUUGUUGAUAUCAGUAGUCAAAGUUUGUAAUGAACGCGUUAGCAAGUCAUUGAUUGUCUAAAAAACGUUGUAAUCACAUUUUUAAGUAGCGUGAAAUGAUUUUAUGGACACAAACAUGCUUUAAAGGUGUACAAGAAAGCAGCAGAUCGGAAUUUAAGUUCAGUGCGAGGCUAAUACUUGAAAAUUUUUUAGGAAAUUGGAUGAUUUAAGUAUAAAGAUGUAAUCUUCUGCAACAUAGAAAUUUUUUAAUUGUAAGACAAGUAUAACAUUAGGAAAACAAAACUGAAAACCAUAAAUUAAAGGAUUUAGUUAGUAUAAGCUUUUUUGACGUAAAGGGAAUUAACUACCAGCUUUUGUAAACGGGAGAACACUAUAAAAAUAGUUCCUGACAAGCACAAAAAACCAUUCAAGUUUUUGCUAAUCGGAAGAGAUUCCUUAUCAUAAACAUUAAUUAAACAUGGUUAUCAGCCUCGUUUUGUCGUGGAAACCUCAGGUACUGUCGAAAGCAUAGUUGAUUGUUAAAAUAUUUUUAUUAAGCGGAUUGUCCUACAUUUAACGUACUAUUUUGGAAAAGUUAAUUUAAAGAUACUUUGAAGUAUAAAUUCUGCUACUCUUUUUGUUACAAUUAUACUUAAAGGCUACUUUUACUGUUCUUCAGAACUAAAUCUUUAAGCUUAAAAAGAACUUAAAUUAGCUUUUUUUUAUUAAAAAUACGUAGCGUUUGGUAGUUCUCGAGCUAUUGCAUUUUAAGUAAAAACGACUACUACCUGUUACAGUGAUUUUUUAACACUGGUAUUUCUUGUUAACAUUGGCAAUACAUUUUUUGCUAGGCUGUAAUAUUUAUAUUGCAGUGUGAAAAAUUUGAUAUUUUUUAUUUUGUGAAGUCGUCCUCUACGAGCUUUGUUGUGCUAUAAAUACAUGAGAAUUUCAAAAAAUUUGUGUUCUAAAAGCAUUUUGGAUUAAAUUUUUUAAAGUGUAUAUUUUGUCUCCAAGAGGACCCGGGUAGAAAUAUAUUACUAUAUUUAAUACUACUUUUGGCUUGUGACUUGUAGUGCUGGUACUAGGUUAUUUAACUAUUGGAAAACCUGAUUUAGAACUAAUUUUUAAUUUAUACUAUUAUUUUUAAACUUUGCUUAGAGAAUUAUCUACUAUUGUUGCUUAUAUUUGUAUUCAAAGGCUUGAUGACUAUAUGGUUAAGAUAAAAUAAUAUCUACAAGUGAAGCUAAUAUUUUUGUACAAAACUGUAAUAUAAACUUUACUAAUAGCAUACUCAAUGUGUAAAAUAGAGCCAAUAGCCCCGGAAAAGCGGGAUUCAUGGACAAAGCAGUCGUGUACAGAAUCAACUAUUUCUAUUCAAAUUCCUAGGGUGUACAAACAACGAUGGAUUGUACUGGCUGUAGUGGCACUUCUUAAUUGCACCAACACUUGUGCUUGGAUUGGAUUUGCCAAUGUUGCUAAUCAUGUAAACAAAUUUUAUGGCACUGACGUGAGUUCUUAUUUUUUUACUUUUGUGUACAUAUUGAAGUUUAAGAGACAAAAACAGUUAUUUUUUAAUAGUUUUUUGUUAUGUUUUUAAAAAAUACUGGUUUUGAUUAUUUUUCAGACAGCAGCCAAUUUGUUUUCUGGCAUUUACAUGUUGGUUACAGUUCCAGUUGGAAUUGUUGCUAUGUGGGCCGGCCGCUUCUUUGGCUUACGAGUUGCUAUUCUAAUUGCUGCGUGGUCGAAUUGCAUUGGAGUGCUAAUUCGUUUAGGAAGGUAAGUAUUUUUAGAUUUUCAUUUCAAUUUUUAGAAAAGUUUUAAAGUUUAGAAGUAUAGUGCUAUGGGAGUAGACUCUAACCAUUUUUUGCUAUAGUAUCCCGUUUCAGUUCAUGGGUUGGAAUGGACGCACGUUUCCCAAUAGGAUUGACCGGUCAAGCUAUCGCUGCUGUCGCCUAUCCGUUCAUCAUGUUCUUGCCUACAAAAGUUGCUGGAACAUGGUUUGGAGCUGAUCAACGUGGGCUUGCUACAACCAUCGGAGUUAUGUCAAACCCUCUCGGAGUGCUAUUGGCUAGUCAGACAUCUCCAAAGCUCGUAACAGCUCCAGAGCACGUGGUAUACCUGAAUGUAAUCGUUGCCAUCCCAGCGGUCAUUGUAUGUCUAAUGGCUACUGUUGGAGUAAACCGCUCUGAACCCAAAACUCCACCAACUUUGUCUGCUGCUACUACACAAAUGGAGUUUGUAGAAGGUCUGAAGUCGUGCUUUACUACUCCACAAUACAUCGUACUGUUGAUUGUUAUGGGCGGAGGCAUUGGUAUGUUCAACUGUCUUUACACAGUAAUGCAACAACUCCUAUGUCCAUCUGGUUACGGUAACGACUUCUCUGGAUGGUGUUCGUCUCUCAUGAUCAUCGGUGGAGUUAUUGGAGCUACAGCUUCUGGAAUCUUCGUCGACAGAACCAAACGCUACACAGAGACUAUGAAGGUAUGUAUGACGUUGGCUGUUGUUCUUGGCCUCACCUUUCUCCAACUGACCUUCGUGGAGAAUAUUGGAUGGGUGAUUCUGCUUUGCUGCUUCUUCUUCGGAAUCCUCGGCUUGGCCAUCUACCCAGUUGGCUUGGAAAUGUCCGCCGAAUGCACUUUCCCAGUCACAGAAACUACCUCAACCGGUCUGAUCGUACUCACCGGUCAAGUGAUGAGCAUCAUCUUUGUUGCGUUAGUGUCGACUAUCAACAAACCAAUUUCUGAUGCCAAGAAGAAGGUUCAAGUGUGUGACUUUAAGAAUCCAGAGAUGGCCAAAGACGCGUGGUGGGGUCUGUUUGUGAUCUCGAUUAUUGCCGUGUUGUUGGUGGUCAUCUUGAUCAGCAUCUUCCGACCGGUCUACAAGAGGAUGUUGGCUGAGCAAGGAAAUGUGACUCAUACCGAAGUGGAAACUGCAGCUGUUGCGGUCGGAAAUGAAGUGCAACAUGAAGUUGAAGGUAAGACUUUUGAAUUCUUUGAGGGUUGUUCUUGAUUUUGACUAGAUUUUUCUUAUUGUAACAUUUUUUUGUAAAUUACGGUUUUUUAAAAGCUUUAACCUUAACAUUUGCAUAUUUUCAGUUCUCACUCAUCAUCAUUAA